AUGCGUUUUGCCAUUGUUGCCGCUGGAGCCGUCGUCUUAGGUGCCACCGUUGCUGAAGCGCGCUCCGUUGCUUCCAGCCCGAGAAGACAUGUGGACAAAACGAUGAAACGCUCGAAUGCUCACGAGACAAGAGUUGAGAUCGAACGUUUGAACUACGCAACACCAUCCCGAUUAUCCAAGAGAUCAAAACUUGCCAAUGAUGACUGGAACAACACAUCACCUUCUCAUCAUGACCAAUCCAAUUCGACUCCUUCACACGAAGCUUCGAGUGAAACCCACACUCGUGCUACUGAAAGCUCGGAUCAUAAAGAUGAAAAAUCACACGACGGAGAGUAUCACAAAGAGCGCGUCGCAUCCUUGCGCCCAGCCUUCGUCGAUAGAACUGUGGUCUCCAACCCAUCUGGGGCACUACCUAACAAUGUGAUCUGGAAAAUUCAAAAGAAAACCGAAGAAGAAUCAUCCAAGUCAGGAGGAUCUAAAUUCAAGAUCGUCCCCAUCCUCCCCGGAGGAAAGCCAUUCAAAGCAAAAAAAGCCGCACCAGUGGCACCGAUUCCAUCAGAUGAAUACAUGAUCAUACCUGUCACCCCCGUCAAAUCAACCACCGAUGAAUUACCAGUUGAAUCUGCCGCUCCGGAGCUAAUCGAACAAGCGAGCCCAACAGACUCUCCAGAGGAUGAAACCGUGCCGACCACCACUCUUCUACGAGCCAUCGAAGACUAUCGCGAGGCUGUCGCCGAACAAACCUCUGAAUCCGAGCCGACCACCGCCCAAGCAGAUCUUCCGCAUAUAUCCAACCAGAAAUCACGAGCUUCGAAGAAAAAAUCAAGCAAGUCGGCUAAGAAACCCAAAAAGGAAGAUAGCGACUGCGGCUCUGACUCGGACGAUGAUUCCUCAGAUUUCGCUUCUAAACCCGAAGACUUCAGAACAGUCCAAUAG